UUUAACAUUAUUGUACUGCUUUUAACAUUAUUGUACUGCUUUUAACAUUAUUGUUCUGCUUUUAACAUUAUUGUACUGCUUCUAUGUAUUAUUGUACUACUUUUCACAUUAUUGUUCUGCUUUAAACAUUAUUGUACUGCUUCUAUGUAUUAUUGUACUACUUUUAACAUUAUUGUACUGCAUUUAUGCAUUAUUGUUCAACUUUUUACAUUAUUGUACUUCCCCUUUACAUUAUUUUAUGCUAUAUAACUCAAGGAUCCUUCUUCACAAUUUUCUCACACCAAACCCAGACAUAAUAUUGUUCACCAUUUUCUCACACCAAACUUAAACACAAGAAUGAACCCCUUCAACUUCUCUCGUUCAAGUUCCUCUAGUUCCUCUAGUUCUGAUGAAAGAAGAUCAUCACGAGCAAUAAUUGAUCAAGAAAUAGAUGAUUUCUUGACCAAUAUUGUUCACCCACUUGCUCCAACUCUUAUAUCAAAUGUAACUCCAACACCAAGGAAUAGAAGAGCAAAAGUGACUGAUGAUAAUGAAGCAGGUCAUUCACGUCCUAAUCGAGGCAGGGUGGAAGGUCAUAGAAGGUUGUUCAAUGAUUACUUUGCUGAUCAACCAGUCUAUCCAGCUCGUUUAUUUCGUCGAAGAUUUCGAAUGCAGCGACAUGUCUUUGUUCGGAUUAUGGAUAAUGUCAUUGCAAGUGAUGAAUGGUUCACUCAAAAAAGAGAUGCUACGGGUCAGUUAGGUUUAUCGCCCCUACAAAAGUGUACAGCGGCUAUUCGAAUGCUUGCCUACGGGGUAGCGGCGGAUUCGCUUGACGAGUAUGUGCGAAUUAGUGAAAGUACAGCUCGAAUAGCAUUGAUGAAAUUUACGAAGGGGUCAUCAAGAAAUUUGGUGCGGAGUACUUGAGACGGCCUACUCCAGACGAUUUGGCUAGACUACUCAGAUUCGGUGAAGAUCGUGGAUUUCCGGGCAUGGUUGGUAGCAUAGAUUGUAUGCAUUGGGAAUGGAAAAAUUGUCCGACUGCAUGGAAAGGACAAUUUCAAGGAAGAGGUGGUGUUGCUACUUUAGUUCUUGAAGCUGUUGCUGAUCGUGACUUAUGGAUAUGGCAUUCUUUCUUCGGGAUCCCAGGUUCGUGCAAUGACCUAAAUGUUCUUCACCGAUCUCCUGUGUUUAGGGAUGUUUUAGAAGGUCGAGCACCCCCGUGCAGUUUACGGUGAAUGGUAACCAAUAUGAUAAGGGUUAUUAUCUCACUGAUGGUAUAUAUCCGAAUUGGGCAACAUUCAUUCAAUCAGUUACAUGUCCUCAUACUCUCAAGGACAAGUUAUUUGCUCAACACCAAGAAGGAGCUCGAAAAGAUGUAGAGAGAGCAUUUGGGGUGCUGCAAUCUCGGUUUGCUAUUGUUCGUAAACCAUCCCUCGCAUGGGAUGAGGAAAUUCUCAAUGACAUCAUGUUGUCUUGCAUUAUCAUGCACAACAUGAUUGUGGAAGAUGAACGAGAUACAUAUGCCCACUACGCAGAUACUACCGAAUUCAAUUCCAACACAAGUAAUAAUGGGGACGAAUUUGAAUAUUAUCAUGAUCGGAUCGUAGAUAUCAACCAGUACAUGGCCAAUAGAGAUGCAAUUGAAGAUCAACAUGUGCAUCAUUCCUUGAAACGUGAUUUGGUUGCUAAUAUAUGGCAGAAAUUUGGUGGGAAUGCUAAUUAAGAGCAUUUUAUGUAUUUCUUUCUUAAUUAAGUUUUAUGUUUUUCGUUUUGAGUUAAGUUUAACGUACUUUUUUUCUUAAUUAAGUUUGUAAUUGUCGCACCAAUGUAUCAUUUUAUGUAUUUCGUUCUUAAGUUUGUAAUUGUCGCACCAAUGUAGCAUUUUGUGUCUCAUAUCAUUAAAAACGCUAACUAAUUUCGUAUUUAAUUACUUAAUGAAAAUGCUAAUUACAUAUGCUACGUAUUAAUAAAAGCUAAUUAUGCAGAUAACUUAAUUAUUAAAAUGAUAAUUAUAAUUUUAAAUUUAUUAAUUAUUUUAAUUAAUAAUAAAUUAUUUUAAAUUUAUUAAUUAAAUUAAUUAAUAAUAAAACGCUAACUAAUUCAUAUCAUUAAAAAGUAAAUAAUAAAAAUAUUGUAUGAUGGUGGUUGGGUGAUGAGAGAGAAAAAGUAGUUGGGUGGGGUCAAAAAGUAAGAGAGAGAGGAAAAAGUAGUUGGGAUGAUUGAAAAAUGGUUCAUGGUUAAGGAGAUGAGUGGGAAUUGAUUGUGAGAUGUUAUUUUUUAGAGAGAGAAAGUUAGAAAGAGAGUGGGAUGAUUGAGUUUUUCAAUCAUGAAUAAUGGUGCUCUGAAUCUCUCUUCUCUUAUGGAGCUCUUGGGUUGAGCGUCUUCAAUUUUUCCCGAACAUUUUGUUUUUUUUCCUUCUUAUGUUUUGGGACUAAUUUGGUGCGUUCAAUUUGGGUGGGGAUUUUGCAGUUAUUGGAGUUUGAAGAACGAAUUUCUAUGUUGGAAGGUUGUUUGAAGGUCUGUUGAUUCACCUGAUGCUUGCAUAUACGCGGAGAUUAGAACAAGGAUCCCAGAUACUAUUUCGCGGGACUACAAUUUUGAGCCUUCCCCUCAAGAACUCCUUCGCAUGUGCUUCUUCCUUCGCGUCUUAUCUAGGUGUUGCCAGGUCCGAGGAAGAUGUAUUGUCAUCCCGCCUGCCGCCUGCCCGCCUUGUUGCUAAACGUCAGAGAAAAGGCGACAAGCAAUUCCUGAUAAGGUCUGUUGAUUCACCUGAUGCUUGCAUAUACGCGGAGAUUAGAACAAGGAUCCCAGAUACUAUUUCGCGGGACUACAAUUUUGAGCCUGUGAGUACCACUCCUCUAAGCUUCACAGUGAAGGUGUUGCCAGGUCCGAGGAAGAUGUAUUGUCAUCCCGCCUGCCGCCUGCCCGCCUUGUUGCUAAACGUCAGUGUCCUCGUUAACACCAAGAAUCUCAUGACUGGAUAUAUGUGUGCCGAUAUAUGCUCGAGAUUGUAGAGAAAAGGCGACAAGCAAUUCCUGAUAAGUAAUUUGGCGGAGUUACAACUGAAUUUUCUCAAAAUAAGCUUGAUAAGCUCAUAGAGUUGUGGAUCAAAUAUGUGGAUGAAUAUAAACAAGUGGAUGAAAAAGAAUCGGAAGAUAAUGACCAUUUUAAUUAGGAUGUGUGUAUUUUCUUUUUGAGCAGAUUAGGGAGGUGCUUCUAUUUUUGUGCACAUGAAUUGGAAGAAACAAGCCUAGGUGCUCUAUUAUUUUUUUAUAACUUAGUUGAAUUUUUGGAAUCUUUUAAAUAUUAUAUUGAUAUGCAUGUGAUUUUUUAGUGAAUGAUAUUGAAUGAAUGAAACAAUAUUCCAAUUCUAAA